AUGGCCCGACAGCGCGGCCUCCAUGCGACCGCGGGUCUGCGCAGCCUUAUUGCCAUUUUGUACUUCCUGAACCUUACCACUGCCUAUCAAUAUGUCCAGAACUCUCCCUGCGAACCUCAAUGUCGAGAAGGUACACUUUCGGAGGAUGCAGUGUGUCUAGAUGCGCAAUACAGAAGCACAGACGGUGGGCAGCGCCUGCAGAGCUGCGUUGGCUGCUUGCUGAACAGCACCGCCGUUGACACCGCCAAAAAUCAGUCUGAUGUGGAAUGGGGACUAUUUGCGCUCCGCUACACGUUAUCGUCAUGUAUGUUCGGCGUCCCAGUCGAGCGCGUCUCGGUCUCGAGUCCAUGUCAAGUCACUUGCCAACCGUUGAACGACUCGGUGUCCUACCAGAUCACCAAUGAUACCAGGAAUGCAGAUCCUGGCAUUGACUUCUGCAAUGCUGGGGCUUUCGGCGAUCUAGCGAUCAACAAUUGCGCAUUUUGCUACAGCUUGAUCCCAGAGCAGAUCUUCGUAGCGAAUUUCAUGCAAGCACUACACAUCGAAUGCCGCCAGCCUCCGGUCCCCGGACAACCAUUCUUUCCUGACAUGAGUGCGAUCUUCAAUGAGACCCUGAUUGCUGGCCCAGCACCACCAUCUGCCAACACAGGAGGAGGCGGCGGUCUGCAUGGGACAAACCUGGCUAUUGCGAUUGCGCUACCCAUAGUUGGCGGCCUCAUAAUUCUCACUGCAGGUUGCUGGUGCUGCUGGAUCACCACGAGGCGGAGGAGGCAGGCAAUGGCAGCUUCUGGGCGGAUGGACAAAGUGCGUGAAGCACAGGAGAGUCCUGGCCUUUACAGUCCGGUAUCAGGAAAGAUGGGCUGGGGAGAAGGAGAGCCUCCGCGAGAGAUGACAAAAUUUGCUUCUGGAGGAAGGGAGCCUUCGCCCGCUCUGAACAGGUGGAGUGGGCAUCAGCACUAUCCGCCAGGGACAGCAGUGGGCGGAGAGGACGGCACGCCGCUGCGAACGAGUUUUCAGCGCGACGAUGUUGGGCCGGGAGAUCAUCAGGUGCAAGACCACGCUCUGCACGAACAGUAUUUCGGCGGCGCAGAGGGCGCUGGACCAAGUUACCAGCCAUAUGUCGACGAGCAACGACAUUCGGGCCAUUUCAAAAGCCAGUGA